AGAAGAAGCAGAAGCAGAAGAAGAAGAAGCAGCAGCAGCAGCAGCGUCACCACACGUGUAGUCGCACUCAUCGUGUGUGCAGAGUCGUCGGAGCCACAGAAGAAGAAACACACGGACCAGCUACUUCAACACUUCACGGCCGACAACAUGAGACCAGGGUUCAGUCCUCGUGGGGAUCGAGGAGGAAGAGGUGGAAGUCGAGGACGAGGAGGAUUCGGCGACAGGGGAGGAUUCGGAUCACGAGGAGGAGGCUUCGGUGACCGAGGAGGAUUCGGUGACCGAGGACGAGGGGGAUUCAGAGGAGGUAGAGGCGGAGGAUUCCGCUCCCCGGAGGGUGGUGGAUUUCGUGGCAGAGGGGGUGGAAGAGGAACCCCGAGAGGCAGAGGAGGACCGAGGGGCGGUGGCCGAGGAGGCUUUGGAGCAGGGAGGAAGGUCUUGGUUGAGCCACACAGACAUGAAGGAGUGUUUAUCUGCAGAGGGAAGGAAGAUGCCCUGGUGACCAAGAACAUGGUGGUGGGAGAGUCGGUGUACGGAGAGAAGAGGAUGAGUGUGGAGGAAGGAGAGACUAAGAUUGAGUACAGAGCCUGGAAUCCGUUCCGCUCCAAGCUGGCAGCCGCCAUCUUGGGAGGAGUGGACCAGAUUCACAUCAAGCCGGGAACAAAGGUCAUGUACCUGGGAGCUGCCUCUGGCACCACAGUGUCCCACGUCUCUGACAUAGUCGGGCCGGAAGGACUUGUCUACGCCGUGGAGUUCUCCCACAGAUCAGGUCGUGACCUCCUCAACGUGGCAAAGAAACGCACCAACAUAAUUCCGAUCAUUGAAGACGCUCGGCACCCGCACAAGUACCGCAUGCUGGUUGGUAUGGUGGAUGUGAUUUUUGCAGACGUCGCCCAGCCUGACCAGACGAGGAUCGUCGCUUUGAACGCUCACAACUUCCUGAAGAACGGAGGACACUUUGUCAUUUCCAUCAAGGCCAACUGUAUAGACUCGACGGCGGCUCCAGAGGCAGUGUUUGCCUCCGAGGUGAAGAAGAUGAGCUCUGAGAACAUGAAGCCACAGGAGCAGCUCACGCUGGAGCCCUAUGAGCGAGACCAUGCGGUGGUGGUGGGCAUCUACAGACCUGCACCUAAACAGAAGAAAUGAAGUGAGGAUGAAAGCGCAAGAAAACGGAUACAUAUUUUCCAACACAACCUACUCUGCUAUCUGUUUGUACAUUUCUGCAGUGUUAAAGCAUGACUAGCACUCGGCCUGUACAUUUGUCUGGGUUUCCUUUUCUUUUUUGAUUCCCUCUGACUGUUGAUUGACCGACCACCUCACUGCUGGAGAUACAUUACAUUACAUCUGGGCUAUAUUUGGCGACCGUGUCCUUUGGCGUUUGUUGCUUGAUUCGAGCAGGUCAUGUUUUCUGUCUAAUAAUACAUUGAAGGUUCUUCUUUACAUUUUCGAUGCACAAGUGAUCUGAUGUGUUACUGUGCGACAACAUAAAAUGACGUUACAAAUUGUUAACUAGUCGGACUGAUGAAGUUCGUUCACAGCCCUGAGAACUAGUUACUUUCUACCCCAGAAAUAUUUCACCUGAAUGAUAAACAUCUAAAAAAGCUUUGUGAAGACUUCUACUGUGUAGUUGCACAUGUUUGCAUAACUACUUCAUGUUUUUGUGUGGUCAGUGUUUAAAUUUCAUUUAAUUUUCCUACAGAAAGUUUUUUAGUUUUUAAAUGAAAUGUUUUUUCUGUUCCCCUGCUCCAAUCGUUUGAUUUCUCUGGCUGCAUCCCGUCUGCAGACGACACAUCCCACAUCAUAUUCCCCAGAUGACUGGUGUAUUAUUUUUGUUGUUGUAUAAGUUAUCGGUCAGAACUUCUGUAUGAUAAAAUAUUUUUUUUUCUUAA